AUGCAGCACAUCACGUACAACUAUCUCCACGAUCCUAAGUGCAAAGCUGUGUGGUUAUUUGCUAUGGAUUUCAGUAAAGCGUUUGACAGCGUUAAUCACGAACUUUUCUUAGAUAAUCAUCCUGCUUUGUUUAAAUACGCUGACGAUUCAACCCGCAUUGUUCCAGUUUGGAGUAACGGCCACUGUUGUACAGAUUUAGUUGAUCGGUUUAUAACUUGGUCUAAGGACAAUAGCAUGAUGUGUAACCUGUCAAAAUGUAAGGAGCUUAUCUUUCGUAAGAAAGGUUUUAGUCAGAACAUAGCGCCAGUUAACAACAUUCCGCAAUGCACGGAGCUGUCUAUUUUAGGUGUCAUGUUUCAGGAAAGUUGUAAGUACGGCGAACAUGUACGAGUUAAGCUGAUGGAGGCGAAUAAGUGUCUAUUUAUAUUAAGAUCUCUAUGGAAGGAUGGUUUCAGUCAAAGCGAAGUUGACCGCCUAAGUAGCACCAUAGUUCUACCGAAUUUCACUUAUGGUGUAUUCAUUUAUGUUGCGGUAGAUUCAGACCUCACGGUCAUACAAAAUUUCCUAGAGAGGUGCUUUAAAAGGAAAAUAUAUCAAAGAAAAUAG